UGAUUGCACCACUGCACUCCGGUCUGGGUCUGGCUGGAUCUGUGUCAAACAAAAAACAGAAACACUAGAGAGCCAAAAGGCGAGGGAAGGCGGCUGCCGGAAAGCUGGAGCCCGGUGGGGUUGAGGCUACUUCCAGCCGCCCCGGGGCUGGCCUCGCUGCCGUCAAGCGGCCCGGGCGCGCUUUGCGACAGUCGGUGGGGCCUGGCACCGGCGCAGGUUCGCUUUCCGGCGGUUGCGGGGGGCCGGGGCGCCAGCGCCCGCCUUCCCGUUCCCUCCGGUUGCGCGGCGCGCCCACGGCCUGUGACCCCGGCGGCCGCUCCUCAGUGACAAGAGAGCGGGGCCGGGCGCGGCUCCGGCCUGACCUGCGAAGGGACCUCGGUCCAGUCCCCUGUUGCGCCGCGCCUCCCGUCCGUCCGUGCGCGGGCCAGUCAGGGGCCAGUGUCUCGAGCGGUCGAGGUCGCAGACCUAGAGGCGCCCCACAGGCCGGCCCGGGACGCGGGGAGCGCCGGCCGCGGGCCAGGUGGGGAUGCCCCUGCACGUGAAGUGGCCGUUCCCCGCGGUGCCGCCGCUCACCUGGACCCUGGCCAGCAGCGUCGUCAUGGGCUUGGUGGGCACCUACAGCUGCUUCUGGACCAAGUAUAUGAACCACCUGACCGUGCACAACAAGGAGGUGCUGUACGAGCUCAUCGAGAACCGAGGCCCGGCCACGCCCCUCAUCACCGUGUCCAAUCACCAGUCCUGCAUGGACGACCCUCAUCUCUGGGGGAUCCUGAAACUCCGCCACAUCUGGAACCUGAAGUUGAUGCGUUGGUGAGGAGGAAUGGGCCCCUCGAAGUGGGCCGGGCCGGCCCCACCUGCCUCUGCCCAGAUUUGCCCUCCUCCUGCUCUGCCCAGGAGGACCCCUGCAGCUGCAGACAUCUGCUUCACCAAGGAGCUGCACUCCCACUUCUUCAGCUUGGGCAAGUGUGUGCCUGUGUGCCGAGCGUCCCCAGGCUUCCAGCCAACACGCAGCCAACAUUGGCUUCAGAAGGAAGGAGGAGAUGGCGUCUACCAGAAGGGGAUGGACUUCAUUUUGGAGAAACUCAACCAUGGGGACUGGGUGCAUAUCUUCCCAGAAGGGAAAGUGAACAUGAGUUCUGAGUUCCUGCGCUUCAAGUGGGGAAUCGGGCGCCUGAUUGCUGAGUGUCAUCUCAACCCCAUCAUCCUGCCCCUGUGGCAUGUUGGAAUGAACGACGUCCUUCCUAACAGUCCGCCCUACUUCCCCCGCUUUGGACAGAAAAUCACUGUGCUGAUCGGGAAGCCCUUCAGUGCCCUUCCUAUACUCGAGCGGCUCCGGGCAGAGAACAAGUCAGCUGUGGAGAUGCGCAAAGCCCUGACAGACUUCAUUCAAGAGGAAUUUCAGCGUCUGAAGACUCAGGCAGAGCAGCUCCACAACCACCUCCAGCCUGGGAGAUAGGCCCCGCCUGGCCAGCCCCUGACCUUGCCUCCUCUGGGCCCUGAGGGAGCAGGCAGGGCUGAGGCUGGAGGAAGAGGCGGCACCAGGGUCCAGGCCCAACGGGGCUGGCUGUCCUUGCUUGCUGCCUUCUGGAUACUUGGCCUGCACAGAGCUGGGGCUGAGGGAUGGACUGAUGCUUUUAGCUCAAAUGUGGUUUUUAGACAGAUUUGUUCAUAGACCCUCUCAAGUGCCCUCUCCGAGCUGGUAGGCAUUCCAGCUCCUCCAUGCUUCCUCGGUUAAACAAAGGACCUCAGCUGCUUCUCCCACUUGGCCAAGCAGGGAGGAAGAAGCUUAGGCAGGGCCCUCCUUCCUUCUUGCCUUCAGGUGUUCUCUCCCAGGGGCUGGCGUCAGGAGGAAGCAUAGAAGGCAGGUGAGCAAACAGUUGGCUGGGGGCUCACCAGAGCUGUGGAGAGGGGACCCUAAGACCCCUCAGCCUGGCUCCUACCCCCCACCCUUGCCGAACCAGGAGCUGCUCACUACCUCCUCAGGGAUGGCCGCUGGCCACGUCUUCCUUCUGCCUGAGCUUCCCCCCUGCCACAGGCCCUUUCCUCAGGCAAGGUCUGGCCUCAGGUGGGAAGAGCAGCCCUUGGCCAGAAGUCAAGCCCAGCCACGUGGAGCCUAGAGCGAGGGCCUGAGGUCUGGCUGCUUGCACCCAUGCUGGGGCCACCGACUUCUCCAUCCUUUCUGCUUCUCAAUAUCACUUGAGUCCUGGGGCCUGAGUUUUCAUGUUUUUAAAACAGAACCAUAAAGCAUAUGUGUUGGCUUGUUGUA